GCUAUUCCUCUCGCCCUGCUGCCUUCCGUUGCGCGCCGCCGCUCCGUGUCCAUCGGCUCCUUGGGCCCUUCGGGCGCCAUGGACGGGGAAAAGGUAGCACUGAGUAUGCUCGAUGAUGUCAAGAAGGUGAUCGAGCCGUACCAGAAGAAGUACGGUCAUUACCUGCAGAAGAUGCGGCCAUGGGGCGAGUUCUUCAGGAUCUCGAAGCCAGAGGGGGACAUCAAGCGGCGCCUAGAUAUUAAUCUCAGCCACUACCAGAUUAAUUACGCCUUGCUGUUCCUGGGCCAGAUGAUCAUUGCUAUCGUGACGAAUCCGCACUGCCUGGUCGUGAUUGGCAUUCUUGCGGUCAUUUGGAUGGCCUUCUUGAAGAAGAAUGACGACCCGAAUUGGGAAGUUAACGUUGGCGGCAUGGCAAUCGGGAAGACCCAGCGCUGGAUGGCCCUCAGCGCCAUUACGGCCGUUGUUCUCCUCUGCUUUGUGAGUCAGGUCUUAUUCGAAGCUGCCUUCUUCUGCGCGGUGCUUGUUGGGGCACACGGUGUCCUGCAUCCGCCACCAACUGAGGACGAUGCCUUCCAGGUGGUCUGA